AUGGCACACCCUGGCACCGCCCAUAAAUACACCAAAGGCCUCAUCGCCUUCGAACAUGCCUCGCCUCACCCUUCGUCCUCCUACAACACCAUCCUCUGGAUAGGCGGGCUGACAGACGGCCUCCUCACCGUCCCCUACCCCUCGCUCAUCGCUGCCUCCCUCCCAUCAACCUGGUCUCUUGCCGAAGUCCUCCUUACAUCCUCCUACAGCGGUUGGGGCACCGGUAGCCUGGCGCGAGACGCGACUGAACUCGGGGAAUGCGUGGCACACUUCAAGAAAUUGAGACCGGGGAAGAAGAUUGUGCUUAUGGGGCAUUCGACAGGAUGUCAGGACAUCAUGGAGUACUUGCUUGGAAAGGGAGCAGAGGGGAGGGACAAAGUGGAUGGCGUGAUACUACAGGGUGGUGUAAGUGAUAGGGAAGCGUGGGAAGAUUAUUACAAAGAUGGACGAGAUAGGGAACAGCUCGAAAGAGCGAUUGAGACGGCGUAUGCCUUGAUACACACGGCGAAGGAGGAUGAGGUCGUGUCGCCGGAAAGCAAUCGUGUGUUUAAAGACAUGGGCGGCCCCCUCAACGCCUACCGCGCAUACUCCCUCCUCGCCAAAGGCGGCGACGACGAUUACUUCUCCAGCGACCUAUCCGACGAACACUUCGCGACUACAUUCGGCGCGAUACCAAAGACCACACCGGUGUGCUUUUUACUAGGGGCUGAGGACCCCUACGUCCCUACGAGCAUCGACCGUGCCGCCCUGCUCCAGCGCUGGACGAGGAUAAUACGGGAAGGCGGUGGUGUUGUGGAUGAUGAAGAUGGUGGUGUGAUACCGGGUGCACAUCAUAAUCUUGAUGGGGAUCCGGAGGAGGUUGUGCAGGAUCUGGUCAGGAGGGUGCUUGGGUUUGUUACGGGAUUGGACGAUAAGACUAGGUCGUGGUAUGCGUAG